CCUCAACCAGAUUUAGGGGUCCGGACUUCUGUGCGAGAGACGGCUACUACAGCCGCUGAUUAACCUGCACUCCGAAAGGGGGAUAGACAUCCAGCAGCCGACCAGCAUCCGAGCUGGACGCUGUGGCGGAGCUAAAGCAGACGGAGACAGGACAAGAGAAGGUUUUGAAACCUUUCUCUGGAAAAAAAAAAAAUCGCUGAGAUGAAAGUCCAAUAACACACCUCAGAGGUUCUCCACUCUUACAACCUGUCUCUUAACACAUCACGGAGACAGGGCACUUCAGCCGAGGCACGACGUGAAACAACACUCCGAGCACAACUCUCCAACUCGCAUCUGGAGGAAUUUCGAUAGUUCACCGCAACAACCGGCCACAAUGUACCGCUCAACCAAAGGAGCUUCCAAGGCUCGACGGGACCAGAUCAACGCCGAGAUCCGGAACCUGAAGGACUUGUUGCCCAUAUCCGAUGCAGAUAAAGCGCGACUCUCAUACCUGCACAUCAUGUCACUUGCCUGCAUGUACACCAGGAAAUCCGUCUUCUUCACUCAAGAAGCAGGAACUGCCGCUAGUCUUGAAGAGAGCGCGCGGUUUCUGUCUUUCCACGAACUGUCGGAGUUGAUGCAGGCGCUGCCAGGCUUUCUGAUGCUGCUGACCGGGGAGGGGAAGCUCCUGUACCUGUCAGACAGCGUCUCUGAGCACCUCGGACACUCCAUGGUGGAUCUUGUGGCACAGGGGGACAGUGUGUACGACAUCAUCGACGCCUCAGACCACUUCAUCAUGAGGACCAACCUGUCAACCUCUACAUCACUUGAGAUGGAUCGUCUCUUCCGCUGUCGCUUCAACACCUCCAAGUCCGUGCGGAGGCAGAGUGCCGGGAACAAGCUGGUUCUGAUCCGGGCUCGCUGCCUCUCUCCCCCCUCAACCUCUCCUGCCGCUGGGUCCUACUGGACCUCCAACCCUGUCUGGGUGUGUUUCUGCUCCCCCCUGGAGCCCCACCCGAGCCGCUCCGGCCCCGGGGCAGAGAGGGAGUUGACUUCCGCCUCUCCCCUUGCUGAGAGCAACUUGUUCCUGGCCUGCUUCUACUCCCAGCAUGGCCGGGACAUGAGGCUACAGGCAGCACAGGACAGUGUGAGCGCCUAUCUUGGCUUUGAUGUGACAGCUUUACGCUCUCGCUCUUGGUACAGCCUCCUCCACCCACAGGAUCUGUCACAUGCCUCCGCUCAGCACCGCAGCCUAUUGAGAGAAGGAGGAGAGGGCAGAGCUGAAAUGGUGGUGCGUGUGCAAGCUCAGGAUCAGUCGUGGGUUUGGCUUUACAUGGUGCUUCAGCUGCAGCCUGGAGAAAUCCCCAUCAGCAGCAACAACUACAUCAUCAGUGAGUCUGAGGCCUGGUCUGUGCGUCAGCAGCUCAGCUCAGAGCAGACCCAGCUGACCCUGAUCCUGACUGCUGGUACCUCUCAGCAAGAGAGUCUGAGCCUCCAGUCCCCAGAAACCCUGUCCAGCCCGGACCAGGUCUUCACCCCAGGCAGCAGCGGCCUGUCUGCCCAGUCCUUUGACUUCAGCACUGCUGGCUGCAGCGUGGGCUCCUCUGAUGAACCAGGGAGCUCUGCUGCUGAGGCCAUGCAGCUGGAGGGCGACCCUCGUUCCAGUAUCUCCUCUCUGGAGGAAGAAAGCUUCUUUCAGCAGCAACCUACUGAGAGCCCCUCAGCUGCCUCCUCCCCCACCCCAGUCACUGUUGAAACAGUAGCAGACUUAGACUUUUUAACCCAGAACAUUCUCCUGCCACCUUCCUUCCAGCUCGACCCUCCACUGCCAGCUCUCCCCCUGCCUCUCCCACCUGUCCCCACCUCACAAGCUCAGCAGACCAAAGAGUUUGUGUGCACGCCACCCUACACUCCCCAGGUUAGUGGGGCUAGCUUCCCAUUCGGUGAACCCCUCUUCAGCUUUGACCCCACUGGCACUACCACACCUCCGCCCUCUGCUACAACAGCCACCGCCACCACCUCUGUGGCCCCCUCAGUGCCCGCCUCUGCCCCACCAACUACCACCUCCAGCCCUACUCCCCCCACCACCCUCUCUACCAAACUUCCCCUCGCUCUACCUACCCCAUCCACUGAUCUCCUCUUCCCUGUCGAGCCCUGCAGCGGCUCCCUUUAUGAGAAACUGCCCCCCACACCUGACAGCCCCGGAGACGGCGACUGCACAGUAAUGACCCUGCCCGAGGUACGGGGUCCACUGUAUGUAGAUGUACCACUGGGGCCCCUCCAGUGUCCACCUGAGGGCCUCCUCACCCCUGAGGCAUCACCUGGUAAACAGCCCUGCCUCUCCUUCUUCUCCCUGGAGAGAGAGAGGGAGAAGGAGAGGGCAGAAAUCUCUCUCUUAGCUCAGCAUAUCAGCUCACUGGCAGAGGGAUUCUACCUGGAUCCACUCUUGUCCAAACUCUCUCCUCCCUCCAUGUCACCCUCAUCCUCCCCUCCCUCCCCCUUCCUGUCUCCCACUGUAGAAACUGCUGAUGUUGAUUCAGUCCAUAUGCUUAGGGAGUUUUAUCCCAUCAAAGCAUGGAGAGGUCUGGACAUUCCCAUCUUCCUAGACGAUGAUGACUCUCUGUUUGAAGAGAGCAUCCUAGAAACCCUCCUCCAAGACGACUUCGCUCCUCCCCAGUCCCCUGGCAUCUCCUCCCCGUCUCCCUGCACCUCCCCUAUGCCCAAUCCCUCCAGCCCAACCUCUCCUCAAACCCCAGUGUGCUGGCGCCAACCCUCCCAGUUUGAGGGAGUGGGCCACUUCUGUAGCGUCCAAUCGGCGCAAUGUAACUCCAUGGCUGGGUGCGGGGCGACUGUGGCUGCUGAGGCUGGGGUGAUGGCGGAAGGGGAGGGGCUAGCGGAGGAAGCAAUGGAGAUCGAGGUGGUGUCAUCUCCAGUGUCCUCUUGCUCCUCCAUCCCAGCUUCCCCUCCCCUCAUCCUCACUGCCUCCCCCAGCCCUGCCACCUCCAUGCCCAUUGGCUCGCCCACGCCCGCCGUGUCUUGCACUCAGUCCCUCCUGGAGGAACUGGCCGUCCUGGAACCCAUGUUUGGGGCAGGUGCCUCGAUCGCCCCUGGCUUAGGGCAACAACCUGAGUUGUAUCAACUCCAAUGUCAUCCAUCGCCACAGUGCUUCCACAAAGAUGGGAGUGGAAGUGUUCCUCCGUUCUAAAAUAAGUCUGUGACUUACUUCAUUAAGUAUGGCAUAUUGUCAUAUUUUGUGGAGCCCCUUUUACUGAAAAGUAAAAAAUAAUUAAGUGUAUAAAUAUACAUAAUGUAUAUACAACUUAAGGACUUUAACUCCUACAUGUCUCCUCAGAACAAAGAUUGGCUUUAUAUUUUUGUUCACUCAUUAAUCUGUAUACUACUACAAACCUGGUGCAACAUUUACAUGAUGGUGCAACCACAUGGACUCAUAACUGACUGGGUUUUGAGUCCAUGUGGUAUCUUUCAGCUUCUCUGUAACAUGAGCUUCAGAUAUGAUCAGACAGAGAAACAUCUCUGAACUUGUAAGCGUUGUUUAACUUCCAGACGCGCACUUGUAUUCACUCGUAGUGAAAACUCUGUUGUGAACAAAAAAUAAUACAUUUCUUGCUAUUUUAAUAGGGAGAUGAAUUAUAGCACUUUUUGCUUGACAUGCAGCAACGCAAACCCAAACCUCAAAUGUACUGGAAGUCAAAUGUUUACAAAUUGUUUACAUACUUAAAAUGACCAACCACUAUCACUAGAUCAAAAGAGGAAAGAUUUCUUGCUGUGAAAUCUUCUGUUCAGUCUUCAGAGCUGGUGCAGCUCUGGUUUGAUAGCACUCAGUCCUCAAAGCCUUAAAGGCUACAUCAAAACUCACAAUAGUAUUCAACUUAAAACUUGAGAUACUUUGAGCUUUGAGUUUGCGGCUUCAGACCUUUAACAUUUCAUAUUUAUCUCUCCAUCUAAAAUCUUGUGUAUCAAUGUGAUGUGCAAACAAAAAAAGAGAACAUGUGAAGAGAUCCUGGCAUGUGAAGAUCUCAAGAAUGUUGAAGGUGUCCAUUGCUUAAUGAGAUGUAACACCAAACAAGAGAUCGUCUGGAAGUUUGCCGGAGCUCUGAUCAUGCCACAAAUCCACUGCUACGUUGUACUGUACAUUAGACUCUGAAUGUGGGCUCUUCAGGUCCCUCUUGGCCUGAGGGCAGUCGGCUGGAUAUUCUUGCAGCAUCAAUAUUUGCAAUGCUGGCAGCUUAUAGCGGCUCCUGUGUGCCUGAAACGGCCCUGACCUGCUGAACUCUUUAUCAUGUCCAUUCAACAUGGACAGUUACAUCGUUGCUCCACUGGAGCGCGGUGUAGUGAGGCACAAUUGACUAUGUGAAUGAGUGAUUCUUCUUUUUUGAGAGGGGUUAGAAUACAAAAGUUUUGUUUUAAAAAAUGAAAAUAGGGAUGGGGUGCUAUUUCUAUUCAGUUACCAAGCGACACGGGUUGAGAAUGGUACUAUUCCCAUGGUGUCGACAUGCUCACGUAGAGUUGUCUACGGUCAAGUAAAGGAUUGAUUCCUACGUUCUAGCUAUUAAAGGCUAAGUUAAUAUACAUGUGUAAAAUUAUAUUAUUGUAUGUGUGAUAUUUGAAAAAGAUGUUAAAGCAUAUGCAUUAUGUCUGUGGAUAUAGGCAUAUGUUCUUUUCAGAAAGGUUGUACACAUUUGUACAUUUGUAUGAAACAGUUAUUGGUCUGUAUAUAUGAGAAAGAGAUUUUUAUUGCCUAAGAUGGAAUAUAUUCUAAACAUCUUACUUACUGCAGAAUGGACAUUGUGGACCAGUGUUCUUAUGUGAUGCUUAUAAGUGUAUUUGGUUGCCAUACAAAUGCAUUUAUAUUAAAGUGCACUUAAUGCAGCUGA